AUGGUGGGUGAGAGGGUCCAGCACAGACCAUUCGACCUCCCACUGCUGUUACACCUCUGCCUUCUGCAUCUAGGGGACUCAGGCCAACCCCACCUAACUCCCCAGUCCCCAGUGGAGGAGGCUGUGUCCAUCCAAGGAGUACGCGGCAACUCUGUGGAGCUGGACUGUGGCUCUGGGCCUGCCCCACUGGUGGUCCUGUGGAGCUUCACCCCCCUGGGUUCCCUGGUCCCGCUACCUGUGGCUGUCACUGAUGGAACCUCUUCCAAGGUGGAGGCCGGGGCCUCUGCGCUGGGGGUCGUGAGUCUGAGGAACAGCAGCCUGGUGCUAGGGGAGCUCCAGGAGGGUGCACGGGGGCACUUCCUGUGCCAGGCCCUGCACGUGUCCGGCGCCCAGCUCCACACCACUUACUCCUACCUCACACUGGCCGUGCUGGUGCCUGUCUCCAAGCCUCAGGUACAGCUGAGUGACCCAUCACCAGUGGAAGGAGCCUCUGCAGUAGCCACAUGUAUAGUGCGGGAGGGCACGGAGCCUGUGACCUUCGCCUGGCGGCAUCAGACACCCAGAGGCCCUGGAGAAACACGGUUAGGGGUCACAGAGCCACUGCUAUGGUUGGACCCGGUUGACCGGACGCACCUGGGCUGGUAUGUGUGCAGCGCCAGCAAUGCCGUCAACAGACUGAGCAGCGAUGGAGUCUUCCUGGAUGUCAUCUAUGGUCCAGAAAAGCCUGUGAUCACUGUGGAGCCGUUGGGAUUCACUGAGGAGGGUUUUUGGGCCAGUGAGAAGGAGGAGGUGACCCUGAGCUGCAUGGCUGCGUCCAACCCUCCCAGUCACUAUGUGUGGCUCCGUGAUGAUGCUCAGGUCCACACUGGUCCCACCUAUGUCAUCGCCAGUGCUGGCCGUACCCACACAGGCCUAUACACCUGCUUGGCUCACAAUACCCACCUGGACACCCGCACCCAGACCACUGUUCAGCUCACCAUCUACUAUCCCCCUGCAGGGCAGCCCUCCUGUGCUGUGCUUCCCACCCUUGGGGCUGUGACUUUACUUUGCGCCUGGCCUGGGGGUCUUCCAACUGCCCAGCUGCGAUGGGAAGGGCCCCAGAAGACUGGCCCUACUGCCCCCAGCAACGUCACCUGGAGUCAUGCAGCUGUCGGGCUCCCUAAUGGCAGUGUCUUCACCUGCAUCAGCCAGCACCCAGCCCUGGCACUGCCCACCCUCUGCAGGGUCAAACUCUGGGAACCUCCCAAGAGCCCUAUCUGCUGGACCACAGCCACAGUAGGAGACCAGUUCAUCAUGCUGAGCUGUGAGUGGCCUGGAGGCGAGCCUCCUGCUGUGCUGAGAUGGCUUGACGGGCAACAGCAGCCCCUGGGCAGUGCCAGCUCUUCACUGGCCAUCCACCUCCUACAGGCCCAGGGUGACCUAGCUGGCAAAGAGUUCACCUGCCAGGGCUCUCACCCACUCAGGACUCCUGACCCCUACUGCAGGCUCCAGCUGGAAGCCCCACACCUGGCAGUGGCUGAGUCCCGGGUGUCAGUGCUGGAGGGGGAAGAGGCCUGGCUAGAGUGUGCUCUCCAGGAGGGCACACCACCAGCGCAGCUCCUCUGGCUGAGUCCCCAGCAACAGCAGGUGGAACCAGGCACAUCAGGAUUUGUGCUGCAUCCUGCGGGUGCCCAGCUGCGCCUCCAAAUCCGAGAUGCUGACCCAGUACACCACAGGGGCACCUACCAAUGCAUGGCCCGUAACGCCUUGGGCAAGAGCAGCCAGAGUGUGCUGCUGGAGGUCCUGAGGUAUCCAGCUCCUCCCAAUGUCACCAUCAGACGCCUCACCUAUGGGCGGCACCGGAGAGAGGUGCAGCUGCAAUGGGCCAUCGAGGGCCCUGGGAACCUGACCAGCUUUCUGGUGCAGCGGAGGGCCAGUGGCUCUGGCCCAGGAUCUGGGGCUUGGGAGAUUGCAGCUAGUGACAUUGACCCAGAGAGCAGGGGCUGGCGGCUGGGAGGUUUGGACCCGGGAGUCCUUUAUGCCUUCCGCAUCCUGGCUCUGAAUCAUCACACUGCUGGACAUCCCUCCGAGGUGAAGACACCAGUGGACCCCCCCUUCAGUGCCUAUCCAGCAGUGUUGGGUGCAGCAGGCACAGGAAUGGUGGUGGCAACUGUGGUCUCUCUGUUGGUGUUCCAGUAUGCUGCCCGGCACCCACGGACCUUCCCCUGCCUUGGCCAGUUGCUUGUUCCUAUAGGGCAAAGGCACCAACAGAGGGGAGCAAGGGAAACUACUGAGGUGCCUGCAGACACCGAAUCACCCACCACCCCAAGUCUAGAUCCUGCACAAGAAUCUCCUGAUGCUCCAGUAAAUGUCACCAUCACAGUGACUGCAACACCAUGA